UUUUGUGUCGUGGCUUCACACAAAAGUACAAGAAGCUACAGCCAUGUCCAGCAGAUGUAAACCAAAACCUGGGGGUUUUAGGAGUGACAUUCAUAGACUGCUGCUGGCGGCUGAAGCUGGUCAGAAGACCGAUAUCCUGUCCUACUCCUCAGGUCAUCUGGGGCCCCGCAAUCUGAACCAGCAUCAGCCACACAGGGAGACAAAGCAGCCUUUCUGGAUGAUGUCCCAGAGCCCAGACAAACCCCCUCUGACACCCCAGCAGACACAGACAAAAACACUGACCUAUGUGAAGAAGAAAGAAAACAAAGAGCGUCAUUUUUCCACUGUUGCCUCUUCAGUAAAGUCUGAAGACUCAAGGUCAACUCAAGAUCAGGGUACUAAUUUCUCUCCACAUACAGACAACAGAGAAGAUACAAGUCUACCUACGAUAGUUAACUGUUCCUCAAACUUUCUGCCAAUCCUACAAAAAGUUUUGUCCCAAAACAUGUCUAGUUCUUCUACUGAUUUGGAGGGGAAACAGCAUUUUGAUGAGAAAGGCCUGAACAAAACUGGACAAUUAGACACAAAACAACUCCACGGAAGGAAAGACAUAGCCAAGCAGGACCUCUGGGCUGCAGUAAAUGUUGUGGAAAUACAUGAAAGCAAACUACAGAAGGAGCUGAGAAGGUUGUCAGCGCAGAGCUGGCCCAGCAGAGACCGCCUUGCGGUGUUCAGUGACGUCUUUGAUGAUGUAUGUGAAGACUCGCCAGUAUUUGGACGCAUCCUGAGGGAAAUUAAGACAGAUUAUGAUUUGUAUGUCAACCACUUGAUGGCUUCCCACGGCAUGUCACUUGAGACUCCACUCAAAUAUCCUUCAAAUGUAACAAGCCAAACAGAUUUGGAAGUUGCUGUAAAAGAGGUUUGCAGGCUGGAGCAGGAGGCCAGGAAAGCUCUAGAGGAAUAUAAACGAGUCCGAGAUGAAUCACAGAGUGUUCCAGGUACCGCAGGCCCAGAGGACAGUGGCACGCAGAAUACGUGUCUGUCAGGGUUACACAACAACAGUGUACAAUCCAAGAGGCUUCAGGUUUUGAGCACAUGGCGGGAGAUCCAACACCUUGAGGAGGAGAUGAAGGGAACACCGGUGUCCUCUGUAACAAUCGCAGAGACUGAAAGACACGUCAAAGACCGUAAGAAAGAGAUAAUGAGACUGAUAGCCUCGAAUGAGCGUCUGAAGACCACCAACAAGGAUCUGGAAAACAACAUCAAUAGGGUACUGAACAGAGAAAAAGCAAGCAAGGCCACGAGAUGGAUGUUGUGGGACGUAAUCGAAACACAGAGCUUCAUCCGCAAGUAAACCGGGGGAUAAUUUCUUGAGAUGGACAUCACAAAGUGCAAUAAAUUGUGGAAAUACUUUUUAUACCAGCAAGCAACUUCACCUUUUUUUGUGUGAUGUACAGAAAUAGCACUGUUGAUAAUUUGAUUUAUAUACUGUAAGUUGAUUCCAUAGUAAUGCAUAAUACUUUUUAAAGAUGAUCAUGUGUUUUGUGUAUAAGAAAUCUUAGUGUACAUGUUGAAUAGUUUUGUGUUUGUACUUUUUUAAACUAAUGCAGAGAUGAUGAAAUUACUAUCUUUGCUUGUGAAAAAUGUUGAUGUAGAAGUUUAAGGUAACUUAAAUUUAAGUAAACUCGGCCCCGUCCGUGGUGCAACUGGCUGGGGCGCCUGCACCGUACGCCGGUGUCCCGGGUUCGAUUCCCGCCCCGUGGUCCUUUCCGGAUCCCACCCCGACUCUCUCUCCCACUUUCCUGUCACUCUCCUGUCCUAUCCGAAUAAAGGC